AUGUGUGUUUUUUGUCUAGUUUCUUAUAAAAAAACACCAAUUGUCAAAAAAAAUAUCAAGGCAAGUUUGGAGUGGGCUAAAAAACAUUAUUUGUGGUUGAAUGAGAGAUGGCCUAGUGUAGUUUUAAUAGAUGAAUCAAAAAUAAAUUUUUAUGAAUCUGGCGGUACAAAAUUGUAA